UUACCGAUAAUGCAACAUCUAUGCAAUCGUAAACAAUUCAUGUAUGUACUCCGGUGCGUUUGAAAUGUUAGUCGUAUAUUUUCUAAUUAAAGUGCGCAAUUAAAGUAACACGCUAAAUUUCUCAACGAAAAACGAUACAUUUGAAACAUCAGCCAUGCCGUGUGAAAUGAUAACUCUGCAGCUUGGCCAAUGCGGCAAUCAAAGAUUUAAGGCAAGUCUGUGCUAUCUUCAUGGAUAUAUUUCACUUAUUUUAAUAGUUGGGUUUGAGUUUUGGAAAAGACUAUGUGCAGAACAUGGUAUUAGCCCAGAAGGAAUCUUAGAAGAUUAUGCAACGGAAGGAACUGAUAGAAAGGAUGUGUUUUUUUAUCAAUCAGAUGAUGAACAUUAUAUACCACGAGCUGUAUUGCUGGAUUUGGAACCCAGAGUAAUCCAUACCAUCAUGAACUCCCCAUAUUCAAAGCUGUACAAUCCUGAAAAUAUCUAUUUAUCAAAAGAUGGUGGUGGAGCUGGUAAUAAUUGGGCAUCAGGAUACCACCAGGGUGAAAAGUUACAGGAAGAAAUCUUUGAUAUAUUAGAUAGAGAAGCUGAUGGUAGUGAUAGCUUGGAGGGUUUUGUCUUGUGCCAUUCUAUAGCAGGAGGUACAGGUUCUGGCAUGGGAUCCUUCAUGUUAGAAACUCUAGCGGAUAGAUUUCCUAAAAAGUUAAUUGAGACAUACAGUGUUUUUCCAAAUCAAGAUGAGAUCAGCGAUGUUGUAGUACAGCCAUACAAUUCAUUAUUAACUUUAAAGAGGCUAACUCAAUGCGCCGAUUGUGUAGUCGUUCUUGACAACACUGCUUUAAACAGAAUUGCCUCAGACAGAUUGCAUAUUCAGAAUCCUAGCUUCACGCAAAUUAAUAAGCUUGUCUCGACAAUAAUGUCUGUCAGUACCACCACUCUAAGAUAUCCUUCGUAUAUGAAUAAUGAUUUAGUUGGUUUAAUCGCACCACUCAUACCAACUCCUCGUUUACAUUUCUUAAUGACUGGUUACACGCCGCUUACAACGGAUCAAGAGGGUGCGUCUGUGAGGAAAACAUCUGUUCUGGAUGUGAUGCGACGGUUGUUACAACCGAAAAAUAUGAUGGUUUCUACAGCAUUAGAUAGAAAUACAUCUCAUUGCUAUAUAUCUAUCUUGAACAUAAUACAGGGUGAAGUGGAUCCAACACAAGUGCACAAAUCGUUACAAAGGAUUAGAGAGCGAAAACUCGCACAGUUUAUUCCUUGGGGUCCAGCUAGUAUCCAAGUAGCUCUUUCAAGGAAAUCGCCUUAUAUACAAAGCACGCAUCGUGUGUCUGGUUUAAUGUUAGCCAAUCACACUAACAUAUCAUCGCUGUUUGACAGAGCUUUACAACAAUAUGAUAAACUACGUAAACGUGAAGCAUUCUUGGAACAAUUUCGCAAAGAGAAAAUGUUUGAAGACAAUCUUGACGAGCUGGACAAUUCGCGAGAGGUCGUAGAGUAUUUAGUAAAGGAAUACCAAGCAGCAACUCGGGAUGAUUACCUCAGUUGGAGUCCAAGCAAGCCAGACACAUAAAAUGUCUAAAAUAUAACAAGGAUUGUAUCUCCUAAAAUCUCACGCCGCAAUAAUGCUUGGAAAGAAAAAGAUACUUUAGUGGAACAAACCAUAAGGAAAUUGUCUGAGAAACUGAGGUUCAAAAAUCGCAGAAUCUCCAUUUAGUGUGGCAGUAUAGAUCAUAGCAUACAAAAAUUUCAGCAGUAAACGAAUUGAUCAAUCACAAUCGAGAAUCUCAACAUAAUAGUCUUCUAAGUAAUGUUAUUUAAUGAUAACAUUCCAAGUAAUGUGAUCGGUUAAUUCGCUUAUUACUUACAUUCUACUGUUUGUUUUUUCCUGUGUCAUUCGCUUGAAAUUACUCCGUGAAUUCUACUUAAUCAGUGUCACACAGCAUCGUAUCGCGCAUGUCGCAGUUCCAUACGUUAGCCAUCGUUCACUUCACAUUGAUCAAAAUUUUUACGCCGUUUAAUUUAAUAUUUUUUUUUAUUUGCGUACAUAAUUAGGGGGUAGAGUGGCGAUCGUAAUGAAACCCGUGUGACCAGGUAACGAGUGAGAAUGAGUAACUGUAAGGAGCUUUUCUUCUUGUCUUUCUUUUUCGUUUUUCUGUGCCAUGUCCUCAUUCGAAUGCUAUAAUUGGAAAAUUAUAUAUCUUUCAGUUUUUGAUGUUAUUUGAUUCUUAUUAUCUGAUUCUUAUUUCUAUCUAAUGUUAUUUUCAAUGCCUUUCGAAAUCCCGUCCGUUAGCAAAUCUCACUUAGAAGAGAUAUAUAAAACAAAGCAAGAUAAAUCCUAUUUUUUGUACAUUUCAAUAUUUUAAUGAAUUCAGUAUAUAGAUCUUGCAUACACAUUGACAUGCUAGUUUCUAGUGCCAUAUUUAACACCAAGCAUAUAGUCACUCAACUUUGGAUUUGAUUCAUCCAAAAUGAAUCACUAACAAAUAAAAACAAAGUGUACAAACCUUGUAUUUCAAGCACUCCAAAUCCAGGACCGGUAAAGAUUUAUAGUGAACAUUAACUUCUCUUUGUAAACAUUCGUAUGUAUUUAAUUCUACAAAUCCCUCAAGUGCAAGUUUUGUACAAGUACGUUGAACUUGCUCAAUGCAAGGAGAAAAGAAACAGAGUUUUCCACCUAUUGGAUAAUAGCUAUUAUAUAUUAUAUGUAAUGCAGAAUGUAACUCUUACAAAAUUCUAUGUGAUGCGCAAAUCACAUCUUUAAGUACACUCAUGUUAUAAUCUUUACCACACCAUAACAUUUAUAUGGAUAUUAAAAUAUUUUUAUCAUAAAAGAUGUCUAAUUGGGCCAUAUUAAAUAGUACUGUUUAUAGAAA